AUGGGAUCCUCAAAUCACCACAUCAAGUUCCUGGCCCUGGCCACCUUUGUCGUCUUCUUCUGGUUCGUCUACCGCCUCGGCCUGCACCACGACGUCCAGGACCGGAUAGACGAGAUCGUCAAGGGCGGCGGGCACAAGGCGGCGGCGGCGGCCAACUACGAGCCGGCGCACUACACGCCGAGCACGUCCGUCUCCUCCGCGGACGACAAGCCCACGGCCGCCAAGCUGGCGCCCGGCGUGCACCCGGACGUGCUGGGCGAGCGGGCCGCCGCGCAGUUCUGCUCCUUCUUCCGGCUCGACGCCCUGGCCCGCCCCGAGGCCUCGAGCCGCAAGAUCUACGACCUGCUGCUCGUCAACACCGAGCUCGAGCUGCUCGAGCUGCGCAUGGGCCAGAUGGCGCCCGCCGUCGACUACUUUGUCAUCCUCGAGUCGGACAAGACCUUCACCGACAAGCCCAAGCCGCUGCACGUGCAGGAGAACUGGGGCCGCUUCGCGCAGCACCACGCCAAGAUGAUCCGCCGCACCAUGGACCUGACGACGGGCGACUUCGCCAACAGCUGGGCCCGCGAGGGCGCCUCGCGCGACGCCAUGUACACCCAGGUCAUCCCCUACCUGUCGGGCGAGGAGGAGGCGCGCGUCGGCGACGUGCUGCUCGUCGCCGACGUCGACGAGCUCUUCAAGCCCGAGGCCCUCAAGGUGCUGCGCAACUGCGCCCUGCCGAGCAAGAUGACCUUCAGCUCGCGCGCCUUCUACUACUCGUACCAGUGGCUCGUCGACUCGACCUGGAUGCACCCGCAGGCCACGACCUACCAGCUCAACGACACCGUCCGGCCCAACGCCCUGCGCGAGCACAGCAACGAGCACAAGAUCUUUGUCGAGGCCGGCUGGCACUGCAGCUACUGCUUCAGCUCCCUCGCCGAGAUGAUCAAGAAGAUCACCAGCUUCUCCCACACCGAGAUGGACCAGCCCCAGUUCAAGGACCCGCUCAAGAUCCUGCACCGCGUGAGCCACGGCAUCGACAUGUUCGACCGCAGCAACGCCACCCGCAUCGACCGCAACUUUGACGUCCCGGACUACCUCAAGGCCAACCCCAAACAGUAUGGCUACAUGCUGAACCGCGACGGCGACGACGCCGGCUUCAAGGACUGGGACCCCGUCACCCAGUCGGUCAUCCCCGCCAAGGACGACCACUCCACCGAGGCAAAGACCGCGUAA